AUAAAACAAAGACCCAAUUCUAUCACAAAGGAUUAAACACAUCUAAGUAUUGCACAUGGUGUGAGGAGGACUCUGAGAGAAGUGAAGCAGGCGGGCAGUGUGCUGUAAUGCCGCCCUCCUGCACAGAGGGCGUGUUGCCUUGAAUCAGCCGCACUGAGCGGGGAGCGUGAGGGGAGCAGGUCUGGAUGAAGGCUGAUUAUUAUUCCUGGACUCAGACACUUGUGAUGAUGGCGGCCGAUGAGAAUGAAGAAAUGCGAAGCCUGGAGCUCAGUGGCCAAGUGGGGUUCAACAGCCUUCCUCAUCAAGUGGUCAGGAAGUUAGUUUCUCAGGGAUUUUGCUUCAACAUCCUCUGUGUAGGUGAAACAGGAAUAGGCAAAUCAACCCUGAUCAACACGCUUUUCAACACAACAUUUGAAAACGAGGAAGCUGAUCACUACGAGCGAGAAGUGAAGCUGCGUUCGCAGACGUAUGAGCUGCAGGAGCACACUGUCAAACUGAAGCUGACUAUUGUGCACACUGUAGGCUUUGGAGACCAGAUCAACAAGGAUGAAAGCUGCAAACCCAUUCUUGACUACAUCGAAGCCCAGUUUGAGAAAUAUCUGGAAGAGGAGCUAAAAAUAAAACGUUCCCUCUCCAACUAUGAUGACACCAGAAUCCACAUCUGCCUGUAUUUCAUUGCUCCCACCGGGCAUACCCUUAAAUCUCUUGAUCUGGUUAUGAUGAAGAAUCUGGACAGCAAGGUCAACAUCAUUCCCAUUAUUGCAAAGGCAGACAUCAUGUCAAAGACCGACCUGGGAAACUUAAAGAAGAAGAUCAUGACUGAGCUGCAGAGCUACGGCGUGCAGAUAUAUCAGUUUCCGAACGAGGAUGAGGAAGUUGGAGAGAUAAACUCUUCCUUAAAUGCUCGCCUUCCCUUUGCUGUCGUUGGAAGCACGGAGGAUGUUAAAAUAGGGAACAGAAUGGUGAAAGCAAGGUCGUACCCCUGGGGAGCUGUACAGGUGGAAAACGAAGAGCACUGUGACUUUGUUCAUCUGAGAGAGAUGCUUCUGCGCGUUAACAUGGAUGAUCUCCGGGAGCAAACACACUCUCGUCACUACGAACUCUAUCGCUGCUGCAAGCUACAAGAGAUGGGCUUCAAGGACACUGACCCUGACAGCCAGUCGUUCAGCCUGCAGGAGAUGUAUGAGGCCAAAAGAAGGGAGUUCUUCAAAGAGCUGCAGCACAGAGAGGAAUCAAUGAGACAGAUGUUUGUUAACAAAGUGAAGGAAACGGAAGCCGAGCUGAAAGAAAAAGAAAAAGAGCUUCACGAGAGAUUCGAAGUGCUGAAGCGCAUGCAUCAGGAAGAAAAGAGGAAUCUGGAGGAGAAAAGGCGAGAACUGGAAGAAGAGAUGAAUGCUUUCAACAGGAGGAAGGUGGCAGCUGAAACGCUGAUGGGACAAGCGCUGCAGGGAUGUUCACAACAGCCGCUCAAAAAGGAAAAGGACAAAAAGAAGCCGACCUGCCAGACUGUCUCUCAGGCAAGGGCACUUGUGUUUACAUUUGACUUGUCUCAGCAGUGCUCAUGCCAUGUGCAGCACAGAUGAUACCCAGACAUCCUACAUGGAGCUGGCAUCAUUUUUUCAGGUGAAAACAUUACGUGCCAGGGUGAAUUAUCAAUGCGCAAACCGCAGAUACUAGAGACUGGAAUGAGCCAAACAACAACAACAACAACAAAAUAUAUCAAAAAGGUUUGUAAACAGAAGCAGUGGGUGGAAAUGAAAUGGAAACAAAAUGUCCAAGAUUCAGAUUUUUCACGAGCCAGAUUAAUAAGUCAAUAUUUUAUGAAAAUUAUUCAUUACCUUCUUGAAAUUAAUACAUUUACGUUUUCUAAGACUACUAUGCCUUAUUGCUCAACGAUGGUGUUAUGACUAUAAGAUUUUUCAAGGUGAUAAACUUCAAACUCUUAGCCUGAAAAAAACACACACAGAAAAUCCAGAAUACUUCUGUUUGAUGUUACAUGUCUGUAAUGACAGCUGAGAUAUUUUAAAGCUUUUCCCAUAUUUUUAGAUGAAACAUGAGUGACUAUGGAAAACAUUGUAUAUGUUGACAUAAAGCUUCUUCAGUCUCCCCUCUGCGUGCUCCUUAAGCUCAGGAAGGAACCUGAAUUAGAAGACUUUCUAGCGCAUGAGAACAUCAGACUAACAAUCAAGUGUUUUUAUUUUUACAAUGUUUAAUAAAGAUUUUAUAGAACUAAAACAAGCUUCAAGGUGAGUCAACCUGAUGUCUUCAACGUCAUCUACAACUUUAUCUGCACACUUUUAAACAACGUGCUGUGGCAUUGUCUCUGCAUGGCUCCUGAACUUGAUUCCUGCAAGUACUAAGACGUCCGCUUCGCCAAAAUGUUUUUUGUACUACAGUGCCUUGCAAAAGUGUUCAUACUUCUUGAAGUUUUCCAAAAAUUGUUUAUGUUACAGCCACUAACUUCUGUAUCUUUAUCAUGCUAUUAUAUUAUAUAAAAGAGCAAUGCAAAGUAGAACAUGUUGUGAUGUGGAACGGAAAUUAGACAUGGUUUUCAAAUUUUGUUUCUUUUGCAAAUAAAUAUCUGUGGUGUGCAUCUGUAUUUAGUCCUUUUAAGGUCAAUAUGUUCUAAAGUAGCUUUGUGCUGCUGGUAUGGCUUCUUUGCAGAUCUAAAAAUCAAAAUUUUAAACCUGUUCAAACUCAAUCAGAUUGGAUAUAGAGCAUCCUCUCUGCUGUGUUCCUUUGUCUGCAAAAGGAUCUUUAUUAUUAACUAAUGUUUUCUAAAAAACUAAGCAUCGGAGUACCAUAUACAGUGAGAUGGUGUUAGCCAUGGGUCGGACGUUUAGAUAAUCAUGACUUCUGAAGGAACUGGUUGCAGUGAAUUUUAUUAAGACAUUCUAGAGUAAAGAAACCCAUGCAACACUUUUUAUUUUUUAUGAAACGCUGAAACCGUGCAUCAUUUUCCUUAAACUUUAGAAUCAUGUGAUAUUUUGUGUUGCUCUAUCACAUAAAAUCCCAUUUAGGUUUGUGGUUGUAACAUAACAUAUUGAAAACUGAAUAUUUUUGCAAGACAAAUUUAAUGUGUAAUCAUCCUGUUCUUGCCUUGUAUUGCUUGUAAAUGGAAUGUUAAAAAAUUCACUGUGAGAUAUAUAAUACCCUCAUGUGCUAAUGCUGUCAAAUGACUUCUUGUUUGUAGUCAUGUUAUGAUUUAGAAGCACUUUAAAUGAACUGUAGUUCAGAAACUAUAUUGAUAUAUAUAUUUAAAACAAUGAAUGGUGUCUUGCUAUUCAAACAUUUAUAUUCUUAUAUAAUUUCUUAAAGAUGUAUAUGUAAUAUGUAAGACUUUAAACUAGAAAUGUUGAGUAUGCUGUUAUAACAUAAAAAGACUGGAUUUGAAUAGAUGCAGGAUUAAAAUCUCCUAAUGUCAAUAAAUCCUGAUGUCAGAUUUGUGUUGACUUGAUCACUUCCAGAUUAGAAGUGUGAUUUAAUAAAAUUUUUUCUUUUGAAAUGCA